UGAUUGAUUAUAUAAAUAUGUUGGAAAGCCUUCGAUGUGACUUGGAUGCUCGUUCACUCUGGUUGUCACUGCUAUUUGUUCUGACGUAGCACUUUAGUGCCAUUGAGAAGUCAUGAAGCUAUCGAAUCCCACCGUGGCCUUCACGGCUGCGAGUCUGCUCGCCUUUACUGGCAACGCGGAGCCGAUCAGGCGCACCACUUACGCCAAACGCGAGUUACCGCUAGUCGAAGAUAAAGCUCUAGUAGAUGCCAUUCUCCUGGAUGACUUGUUGGGCUGUGCUCAGGACCUAGAGGACAUAGCCUAUUCGACUGCGGGAAGAAACAGAGUGCACGGUACGGAAGGUCAUCUUAAAACCGUUCAGUACUUUUCCGACCAGCUCAGCGCGCUCGGCGACUACUAUGAUAUCAAGCUGCAGGACUUCACGACCGAGGUGACUCUCGCGACCCAUGCGGAACUGUCGGUCGGCGGCAAGACGCUCGAAGCGGGGGGUUUCUCGUUCGGAAAGAACGGAACCUGGACGGAUGUACCUUUGGUUACCGUAGCCAAUCUUGGCUGCAAUGCUGUGGACCACCCAGAAACCUUGACCGGAGCAAUUGCUCUCAUCGCGCGAGGCGACUGCACCUUCGUCCAGAAGAUCACACUAGCUGGACAAAAGGGGGCUGUCGGCGCCAUCAUCUACAACAACGCGGACGUAGGCAUCGCAGCCGGCACGCUCGGCGGCGUGAAUGACCUGAUCCCAGUCGGCGGCAUCUCCCGCGCCGACGGUCUGCGUCUAGUCUCACAAAUCGCCAACGGCACCACCGUAACCUCAUCGGGCGACUUCUGGCAAUACAUAGCGAACCUAACCUCACACAACGUGAUCGCGUCCUCCAAAAGCGGUGACGCAUCAAACGUGCUGUUCCUCGGCGCACACAGUGACUCCGUUGACGCAGGGCCAGGCAUCAACGACAACGGCAGCGGCUCAUGUGGUAUCCUAACCGUGGCGAAGGCUUUGGCGAAAUACACCACGGACAACCAGGUGCGGUUCGCGUGGUGGACGGCCGAAGAAGAGGGGUUGUUGGGCGCGGAGCAUUACGUGAGGGUUGCGGCACCGGCGGAUCUGGAUAAGAUCAGGCUGUACCUCAACUUCGACAUGAUCGCGUCGCCGAAUUACGUGUUGGGUAUAUAUGAUGGGGACGGCAGUGCUUUCAACCUCUCCGGUCCUGCCGGGUCGGCUGAGGUGGAGAAGUUGUUCGAGGAUUGGUAUACGGCGCAGGAGUUGCCGUUCGUGCCGUCGGAGUUUAAUGGACGCAGCGACUACGGACCUUUCCUAGACGCCGGGGUCCCCAGCGGUGGACUCGAUACCGGGGCUGAUGGCACCAAGACCGAGGAGGAGGUUACGCUGUUUGGCGGCACAGCCGGGAUUUGGUACGAUCCGAAUUACCACUCCGCGGCCGACAACGUGACGAACUUGAACCUCGUGGCUUUCGAGGCGACGAGCAAGGCUAUCGCGCACGCUGUUGCGACGUAUGGCACGAGCUGGGAGGGCUUCCCGACACGCAAUGUUACGUCGUUAACUAGAAGGACGGGUGGUUACUCGAAGAAGUACAAUGCCCCGACGAAGAAGUCGAGGCGUGGUAAGAAGACUUAUUAGUAAAAUGGCGUGAUUGAAAAUGGGAGAUGAUUAUGCUAGGAGGUAGUUGAUUUUAAUCGAACCUGAUAUCGCUGAUCCGAGAAAUCUGAGUAAGGCGUGUAUAAUGCAUGAAGGUCAGCCAAUGACGUCUAUGAAAAGUAACCCUGGCGAUAUAAUGCUCGGAUAAUAGACUCUGGAGAAUCCUACUAUGCAGUGCGUAUUUACUGUACAG